UGUCUGAACCCUCACUUGACGUCUAGUCUCUCUGUUGAGGUGCACACGGAUUGACCACUCCUUUUGGCUUGUCUUUUUUUCCUUGGAUAUUUGGGGGGGAAAGGCUAAUCCACAAACAUGACUGACGCGCAACAAGAGGCCCGCUCCUAUCUGAGCGAGGAAAUGCUGGCUGAGUUCAAAGCCGCCUUCGACAUGUUCGACACCGACGGUGGCGGUGAUAUCAGCACCAAGGAGUUGGGUACCGUGAUGAGGAUGCUGGGCCAGAACCCGACAAGAGAGGAGUUGGAUGAGAUCAUCGAGGAGGUCGAUGAGGACGGUAGCGGUACCAUCGACUUCGAGGAGUUCUUGGUCAUGAUGGUGAGGCUGCUAAAGGAGGACCAGGCCGGCAAGAGCGAGGAAGAGUUGGCGGAAUGCUUCCGUGUGUUCGACAAGAACGGCGACGGCUACAUCGACAGAGAGGAGUUCGCCCUCAUCAUCCGCAGCACCGGCGAGUCCAUCUCAGAGGAUGAGAUUGAUGAGCUGCUGAAGGACGGAGACAAGAACGCCGACGGCAUGCUGGACUUUGACGAAUUCCUCAAGAUGAUGGAGAAUGUGCAGUAAAACAUGAAAGACUCAUGGACAUUCCUCCACCAUCCUGUGAACCCUCCUUCUCAGUACAUCUCAACCACCCCCCCCUUUCUCAUCCCCUCCACGCCACUGAAACUCCCCCUUCCUGUCCACUUGGCCUCAUGCAUCUCUUCUCCAUCCUUAGACAUCCUCAACAGACAGCUAGGGCACCCGGUGGGGGUCGCUGGCUGGGCUACGAUCUUCGCCAGCUCGCUUGUGAUUGCAGACAGCCCGCGGAUGCCGCGCUGCAGCCCGUAACAGGGCGGCAAGGCUCCAAUCGGGAAAUUCAGUGCACGAUGCCGUUUGCAGUUUGCAUAGCCUAACAUGUCAUUGGUGACCCACCCGACCCUUCACCCCUGCUGGUAAAGCUCUUGUCUAGAUAUAGUCUAGAUAGAUUGGGCAGCCUGUCACCUGCUGCUUAGACCAAUUCAUUCAACCACUUCACUGUACAAAGAAGUAAUUUGCUUGAACAGAAUAAAUGAAGUAACACAUGCUCACUGGUAGUUGGUCUAAUUAUAUUUAUAGUCAGUGUAAUUUUUUUUUGUUUUGAGGAAUAUCAAUAAAAACUAUUUGUUUCUU